AUGACAAGUAAUACUAAUAAUAAUUCUGAUCAAGUUAAUGCUUAUGAGCUACAUGAAGAGCUUUUAUAUGAAUUACUUUUAUAUAAGAAGAAAGAUAUAAUAGCUAUUCAGGAAAAACUUGGAAAAACACUUAAAGAUUCAUUUGGGCUGUUGUUUGAUUUGGUGGAGGAAUUAAAACUGAUACAGAAGAAAAUCGAUAUCUGUGGUCACCCCAUCCUUACAAUAUUACAUCAAAAUAUGCAAGAUCUUAUGGAUGUAACAUUUGGGGAAAUAUCACUUGGGGAAAUUUAUCAUUUACUUUUAUAUUUGGAAUGGAAUAUAAGUUUAAUUCAAGAUCUUCUUGAUAUUAAUGGUUAUACUAAUCAAGAAAUAAGUGAAAUAGAAGCCGAUAAAAAUGCAAUAGAAUAUCUUUAUAUAUCCAGAUUAGGGCUCUGA